GACAGCGCGACUGUUCACGUGUUAACAACAACACUCAAAGUGACAGCGUUAUCUCGGCUCUCAUCGAUCUAACUGAACUAAGCACGGGAAUUGAUUGCUGUUUGUAACAGUUCUCUAGUAAGGUUGUUGACAUUUUAAAAAGGUGGAAUAACGGUUUGUUGUCUUUUAAACAACAGAAAAGAUGGACGUCAGCAUCUCUGUUUCCUUCUUUAAAAACAAACUUGGGUCGACCAUCGAGCACGCAAUGAAAGCGGCCGUAGACACCGUACUGUGCGAAAUGACACAGCUCGUUGACUCCAAGUUUGCCGAUUUCCAGCUCGAAAUCUCUGAAAAGGACAAAGAAAACGAAACUCUCAAGCGGAGACUGGAAAUAUCAGAAAGCGAGCUGAAAGCGGCGCGGGAAUAUCUGAAAGCUGCAGGCAACCAGCGGCGCACAAAUACCAUCUGUAAUCAUAAACACGGGUGUCAAAGCAGAGCCAGCGGGAUGCGCGGUCUGACACAGAAAGGAACCAGUACGGAAAAGUGUGCUUUACUCAGUGGAAAACCGACAGACCAUAUAUACGAGAGCGAUUACAGUGGAGCUCUGCCAAUUGCGAAACCAGUCUGCUGCACCAGUAAAGCGGUCAAGUCAGCCGUGGCUGUCCAGCACCUACAGGAUUGUGAGGCGGCUGACUCGUGGACACCAGCAAGGGGAAGCACAGAAAAGGGUGCAGAACAGCUAAACGCUGCCCCUGGUUCGGAGGAAGAAACAUCGAUGACACCGGUAGAAGAUGGAGAGAAAGCCUUUAACCAUGUUGCAGUGCAGACGCUUUCAGGUGCAGAGAUGGCCCUUGAGCAGAGCCGGAGUGGAGGGGAUAUUCUUCAGUUGGAAUCUGUCCAAAUCAAAGAGGAGGAUUGUCUCUACACAGCGGAGGAUGGACCUGAGCUUGGGACUGUCCACAUUAAAGAGGAAGAGCUGGAUUCUGACAGCGGAGCCGAGAUCACUGAACUAGGACAGGUGCACAUUAAAGAUCUACAAUCUGACGUUGAAGAGGCGCAGAGUGAGCUGGAGUCCAUUCCUCGCACCCCUCGACUGCCGUCUCCAAGCUCGUCUGGUGCUGAAUUGGAAGAAAGAGCAGCGCACUCCAGCAGCAGCACAACACGUUUAGAAGAACACGACUACAGUCUGCUCGCACAGAUCUCCCAAGGCCUUUCUUUGCAACACACAACAGAACCAGAAAGCUUCCAGACACCCCAGCCGACUGUGGAGAGACUGUAUCCCUGUACGAUAUGUGGGGAGGUUUUCACUGGGAGAGGUGUGCUUCGUAGACACCGGCGCCAGCAUACUGCCAAGACCCCACUGUAUCACUGUACCAAGUGUGUGAAGAGCUUCACUCGUUCAGACCACCUGAAGACACACCUGCGGGUCCACACAACAGAGACCCCCUUUCAGUGUACCGAGUGUGGCAAGAGCUUUAAGUAUUCCACCAGCCUUAAAAUGCACCAGCGAGGUCACGCCAGAACAAUCCAGCACAGAUGCACCGACUGUGGGAAAAUCCACAAGAGAAUCCCUACAGGGCACAUUGAGUACCCCUGCACUGGAUGUGGGAAGAGUUUCGGCAGGUUUGACGACCUCAGAGAGCACCUCAAGGUUCACACGGAUCUCUCCAAGAGCCCAGUAAGACGAGGAAACAAACUCGCAACGGAGAGACUCAGUAUCUCUGUAUUGAGUGUGGGAAGAAGUUUGGCUUGUUAGAAAACCUGAUACAGCACCAGCGGAUUCACACUGGAGGCAGCAGAGAGACAUCCUUUGGUCUUGUAGUUCACUAAUUCAGCUGUAAAAUUGAAAACGGUGGGGGAAAUGCACUUAGAAAGUAGCGUAAACUAAACUGUUAAAUCCUUGCUGAAGUACCAUAGUAAAGGCAAAGUGCAAUACAGCAUUGUAAAGGUAUGGUAAAGCAAAUACAUAUUAAAAUAUGACAUGUCAAACUAUGGUAAAUGCAUAGCAUAAUCAUGGGAAAACUGCAAAGUUAUAGGGCAAAUUAACAGUGGUUAGCUUUAGCUGACCUACCCAACGAGGUGAUACAUUUACUGGCCAACAUCAACUAAAGGACUACGUGUUUGAUGUUUUAAAUGUGGAAGGUGUGCAGAAAAUGAUGAGUGUGUAUGGUACAAUAUAUAUUGCAAUUAUAAAUCACAUAUCAGAAAUCAGCCAAUCACAGUGUAGCAUUUCCCAAAAUUCCAGUACCUCUUAUUCUGUGUGCAGAUGCCGUCCCGUGCCUAGAACACCACUCCAAAACAAAACAAAAAAACACAAAUACCUGGGAAAAUAUUACUGAAAUGACAGGAACAGAAAAGCAAGAAAUGAAAUCGCUUCAAUCUGAGCUGGCACUUAAUUCUGGUCAGAACCAUUUCAGGAAUAAAAAAAAAAAGUUUUAUAAAUAUAUUUAUCUUUUUAAAGCAAUUUCUAAGUACAGUCUGUGUGAUUUAUAAUACGUUAAUACUUUGUGUAUUUUGUCUUUUUAUGAGCAGCCAGAAAACUCUCAGCUUUGCGGUCCUCUCGCCCAAACUGCACAACAUUACAUCUCGUACAGUAAAGUUGUGGGAACAUGAAGCCACUUUGGCUUGGAACUUGGUUUCAGGAGACUAGGUUUCAGGCCACUGCACGGCACACCAGGGGAGACUUGGGGUUUGAUACAACAAUGUUGCCUCAGACUUGGUCUCCCAGUCUCCUGAAAACUUGUAGGUUGUGCAAUCUCACCGAAUCACAGUGUGUUAAACUACUGCUCUUUUAGACAUGUUCUUAAGACGUUUGUAUUUAUCAGUGUACAGCUGGGCUCAUUUUCUCGUGGGGGGGAGGGAUUAAAAACACAUUUUGUUUACAUCAAACUGAUGAUUUUUAUUUUCAGACUGACUUACAAAAUAAUCAUUAAAACAGAUAAAAACCUUGUCAAAUGUACAGAUACAGACGGGGUAGUUGUAGUCACUCUACCGUGCUGCUGAGGUGGGAGAACCUACCCUGUGAAGAAGUGUUGUGGGUCCCUGGAAGAUGCUGCAUUCUGCUGUUUUAUUCAUUUUCUCAAUGUUGAUGCCCAUGUUAAGCAGGUAUUUCAGAAGCAGCAGAUCUCGUUCUCUAUAUGAACCAUGGUAGUACAACCUGCCAAAUUUCAACUUUCACUGCUACUGCGUUUUCCUAUGCAGCAGUUCAAAGUGACUACCCCGUAUGUCAAAUAAAAUUAAGCUAAAAAUUAAA